UCUCCAGAGAAGGGAGGAGCAGCCACCGCACAAAAAUGCAGCAUUUCAUCAGCCCCCGUGCAAUAUUCGGGUAAAACUGAUUUAUUUGUUAAAACACUAAUCUGGAGCGUGUCCCCCAGUUAGUGUGAUCCAUGCUUUAUUGGAUCUUCUCGGCCUGGGUUGGGCGAACAAACGCGAGGAGCACCAGUGUCGCCAAAUAUGAUGGCAUCUCUGUGGUAGGAUGAGAAGUCCAGUGCCGCGCUUCAGGGACGUCGAGAGGCAGGCCAGUGGCCUUCAGCCCCCACAGUGUCUUCCUUCCUGUCAUGAGCGUCAGAACAGCAUGUGGUUCAUCAAAGACGCCUGUGGUAUCGUGUGUGCGAUCAUCACCUGGUUUCUCGUCUUCUUCGCUGAGUUCGUUGUGCUAUUCGUCAUGCUGAUUCCAUCCAAAAACCUCACAUACAGCCUGGUGAACGGCACCCUGUUCAACAGCCUGGCCUUCCUCGCCUUGGCCUCGCAUUUCAGAGCCAUGUGCACCGACCCUGGAGCUGUGCCAAAGGGCAAUGCCACCAAGGAGUACAUCGAGAGCUUGCAGCUGAAGCCAGGCCAGGUGGUUUACAAAUGUCCCAAGUGCUGCAGUAUUAAGCCAGAUAGAGCUCACCACUGCAGUGUUUGUAAGCGCUGUAUACGCAAGAUGGAUCAUCAUUGCCCUUGGGUUAACAAUUGUGUCGGGGAAAAUAACCAGAAGUACUUUGUGCUUUUCACAAUGUACAUUUGCCUGAUCUCCCUGCAUUCCUUGGUCAUGGUGGUCUUUCAUUUCCUCAACUGCUUUGAAGAUGACUGGACAAAGUGCAGUACCUUCUCCCCUCCUGCCACCGUCAUCCUCCUCAUCCUUCUGUGCUUUGAGGGCCUCCUCUUCCUCAUCUUCACCUCUGUGAUGUUUGGCACCCAAGUCCAUUCCAUCUGCACAGAUGAGACGGGUAUAGAGCAGUUGAAAAAGGAAGAGAGAAGAUGGGCUAAAAAAACAAAAUGGAUGAACAUGAAGGCGGUAUUCGGACACCCCUUCUCGAUAGCAUGGUUUAGCCCAUUUUCUACACCCGACCACGGAAAAGCCGACCCCUACCAGUAUGUGGUCUGAGCUCAGGAAGCUUUUAAGCUAGAGACUCGAGUGCACUUGGACUGCGCUUAUAAACAGCGUCUUUCUUUAUCCUGAUUUGACCAGAGCCUUUGCCAGUGAGACUAAACCACCUUUAUCAUCUUGUUUUUUUUUUUUUCUUCAGCGAACUACUCAUUUAUAUCCAAACGUUUUUAUGCCUAUAUUUAUUUUAAGUACAGCCAUAAAGUGGAAGCUUCAUCAUGUCCUAAUCUCUGCUGAGCUACACAGAAAUAAAGACGGAUGAGGGACAGAUAAUACACAUGCAUUUAUGCUAAUAUAAUCACUGCUGUAAUCUCAGAAUGUCGCCCAAUAUAAGAAAUUGCUUUCUUCAAGUACUUUUAAAGGGGUCUUAUUAUGCCAUUUACAUUUCCAAACCCACUUUAGCUUUAAAUAAAGAUCCACAAAGUUACGAAGUAAAAGUCCACACUCUAAAAAGAGCCAUUAUAUUAAUGAGCAGUGUUUCUGAACUCUCUCUAAUGCCUCCAUUGUUAUCCUGUUUUUUUUUUUUUUUACGCAUAAACAUUAUAAUAUUUAAAAUUAAAGUAUGUCUGAGAGACACUGUUGUUUCACCAAGCGAUUAUACUGAUACAUAAACCGCAUCCAUGCGUAACUAAUAUUAUGUCAGCUUGUGUGAUUGUGAGUGCUCUUGGCAUAAGCUUGUAUUUAGAGACAUUAGAGGCAUUUCAAAAUGAUCAAUACCAUACUUCAUGAAUACAGUUUCUGAAAUUAAGUACUGUUUCUAAUGUGUGACCGUGUGUAGUAUAUAGGAAAUUUAAAGAAACUACACCUGCCACGCGUUCACUGUCAUGUGACUUUAAGCUGUUAUUUGAUUUGCUUUACUUCCAUUUACAAAUCCUGGCCUGUAGCAUAAAAGUAAGCAUAUCACUAGUUUAAACUAACAAGGCUUUAAAACAUAAGCAGCUGUUUUGGUUAUUUUUGCCAUCAUUGAUAUGUAAAAGCUCCGCCCUCUUCUGGAAAUGUGGCAUGAAGCAGCUGCUAAUUUGCAAAUCAAAAUUUGCAACGUUUAUUUUGCUAGCGCACAUUGUUAUUCUUAAGAUAAACAAUGAGUCUGUGCAAGUUAAUCCACUGGAAUAAAAAUGCUUGUUUUGGUAAUUUUCCCUUCACUUUUGGAGCGACGGUCAUACUUUGUUGACGUCAGUUUGACAGCUUCUGCCACGAUAUUUUAACCAUGUCCUUGUUACCAUUAGUUUGCCACAAAGGAAUGAUGCACAAAAAUAAAGCCCUGCCUCCUACUCAAUAUUCUGCUUUAUUUCAGUAUGUUGGUGGACUUCCGACUAAAGUCUCAGCUACUUCCGGUUCACAUAGUCUUAAAAAAUCUAGACAUAAACCAGUAUUUUUACUUCCAACUAAAUAACCAUUUAUUGUUUAUUAUAGCAGCAUUUUAAUCUUUUAAGGUGAAAUUAAAGUCACAUUUUUGUAAGUCAGACAUUAAAUCUUGUAAAAAGGGCAUAAAAGGACCCCUUUUUGUUUAGAUAUAUUUACAGAUUCUCCUGUCCUUUCCUGGUUAAUACUUUAAGAGCACUGACAACCAUUCAAUAAAAUGGUUUAUUACUGUUACAGAUACAUAUUUUUUAAAUACAUUAUACCAAGAAUGAUAACUAUAAUGAUAUCUAAAAAGCUAAAGUUUUUUUAAUCCUGCAAAUUAUAUUGAAAAAGGAAAGUCCACACCACAGCUGUAUAACAAUAUUUUAAAGUUGAAUGAUUAACCCAUCAGCCAACCAGAAUUUAUCCUUCAUUAAAUCUCACAAUCAAUGCAGAAUUCAUUUCUAGUGGCCCGUUUCCACUGAGUGGUACGGUACGGUACAGGUCACGUUUAUCAGGCUUGCGUUUCCACUGCCAAAAGGGUACCAAAGUAAUUCCAUCAUUCCGAGUUCAUAAUAGUUCAAAACGAUAAUCGAUAAACAUGGCAGUUUGUUCAUGUUUUAGGUUGCUGAAACAAUCAUUUGCUCCUUUGUUUUUUUUUUCCGCUUCACUCUCGCGUUUGUCCGUUUCCGAGAGGAUCGGAUGUCAGAAGCACUUCAAUAAUCACAAGCAUGUUAUUAUCAUCAGCCCAAGAAGUUUGUCAUUUCAAAUAUAGACGUGUGGUGAGUGCACGCGAACUCUCUGGAGAAAGUGAAACUGCUCGCAUUUUAGACGGCCUCAUAAAACAAAAACAGAACACAGCAGAUUUUGUUCUUCUUGGCUUUGUGGCUGUUCAUCAAGACGGCGACAAGGUUUGUUUAAGCUCGGGUCGGCCAUGGCUUGUUACUAUAUGUAUAUAGUAUUACAGUGUAAUGUCUCGGCUGUGUAUUUAAAACAUGGCGGUUCCUUUGUUUUCAUUCUCCUGCUUGUGUGCGCUAGUGACGUAUCUCUGUAAAUCAAUAGCGUUCAGUUACGCGUCUAGCUCCACCUUUUGGUACCCAUUUGUUGUGCUAAAAGUACAGAAAAAGUGGUACGGUUCGCUUUUUGGGACCUUUUGACAGUGGAAACGACCAUAAAAGCAUACCGUACCGUACCACUCAGAGGAAACGGGCCAUAAAAUGAUUUUUUGGCACAGCUCCAAACUUUAGAGCGCAAACAAAAACUUUACGCAAACUUUAGAGAAACAAAACCAUAAAGGACACCAAUAAAUUUAUUGUUUUAGUUAUCAUUCUUGUGAACAGGCCUUAACAUGGGUUAUUGACUUUGGCAGAAUAAAAAAAUUAUAUUAAACGAUUUAGUAUGUUUAAUAGGGGUAUAAAUAUUUAUUUUGUUUGCUUACAAUGGAAUGGAACGUACAGAUUGGAUAUUAAAUUCCAUAGCUGGUGCAUUGUCAGAUCAUUUUAUACCCCUAAAAAAUUAGAAAUGUAAAGAAUGUGCUUUGAGAUACAGUGGGUAUAUUUGCUGUUAUACAUAACAUACAGUAGACUGACAGCAGCACUUGUACUGAAAAGGCUGAAUGAUAAUCAGUCUUUCCUUGAUUUAGAGCUUAUUUACUUGGUAUGUUUUCAUAAACCUGGUUUGCAGGAAUGUAGAAAUGAAACCGGUAUAAGAAAUUGUGGGAAUUUGUGUUUUCGAAAACGUCAUUUUUACACGUCGUUGCCAUUGUUUCGGUUUUAUUGCAUUUAUUUGACAUUUUAUUGAUAUACAUUUUUUUGUGUUAUGAUGAACGGAUGAUAUGUGCUUGUGUAUGAAAAAGACAAUCAUUCUGUUCUUCUUUGUCAAAUGUUGAAUUAAAAACCUAAAACACCC